GCCAGACUUCAUGCAGCUUGCCAUUAAAAUGUUUUCAUUGCCUCCAACCUCGCUAGGCUUCCCCGUUUGAUAAUAGCACACAUAUAAAGACGGCCGUUUGACGAAUUAAAACGCCACACGUCUCGACGGGCAGCCCGGGGCGCUCUAGGAGCACAACGUAGCGGCGGGCGUUAUUUUGGAGGCUGUUGCGUUCCUGUGGCCACGACAAGCUAGCUAACGUUCGCAGGCCCCAAACCGCACUGGGAAACCGGGUGGACGACCAUGGCGAACAUCGCAGUUCAGAGGAUAAAACGGGAAUUCAAGGAGGUGCUCAAAAGCGAAGAGACGAGCAAAAACCAGAUUAAGGUGGAUCUGGUGGACGAGAACUUCACAGAACUUAAAGGGGAGAUAGCAGGGCCACCAGACACACCGUAUGAAGGGGGUAGAUAUCAACUAGAAAUUAAAAUUCCGGAGACAUAUCCUUUCAAUCCACCCAAGGUGCGGUUUAUCACAAAGAUCUGGCAUCCCAACAUCAGUUCAGUCACAGGUGCAAUAUGUUUGGACAUUCUCAAAGAUCAGUGGGCGGCGGCCAUGACGCUUAGGACAGUCCUCUUGUCACUACAAGCUUUGCUGGCAGCUGCGGAACCAGACGAUCCACAGGAUGCAGUGGUAGCCAAUCAGUACAAGCAGAACCCCGAGAUGUUCAAACAGACAGCGAGGCUCUGGUCUCACGUCUACGCUGGCGCUCCCGUCUCCAGUCCGGAUUACACGCGCAAAAUAGACGAACUCUGUGCCAUGGGCUUCGAAAAAAAUGCAGUAAUAGUGGCCUUGUCGUCAAAAUCCUGGGACGUGGAGACGGCGACGGAGCUAUUAAUCAGUAACUGAAUCUCGACAACAGCUUUUACAUCUUCUUCAUCCCCCCCCCCCCCCCCCACCGCCUCACACGUCUUCGUAUUCUCAGCGUCUCUGCCCGCGUCGCCCCUUCUGUUUCGCAGUGGACUCUGCCCCCCGCCCCGCACUUCCCCCGCCCCUCUGUUGUGCCACACACUCCAAUCAGUUGCCCGGCAAACACGCAUCGCUGGCCCCCGUGAAGGUCAUUCAACAUUCCGGUCAGUGCUGCAAUCACAAGUCCGACCACUUAUUAAGCCCGCCCCGUGACCCGCCAGUCACGUCUCUGACCGCGUACAACAAACAUUCAUCAUCUAUGGAGGCAUUCACUUUUAGUUUUGGAAAACCUUUUUGUAAGAAAGAGUCAAGCAUUCAGACAGACUCUUUGGAACAAAUAUAAUUUUAAACUGUAGACAACCCAUAUACAUUAUCACGUGCCACUCAUGGCAUUAGUGAGGGUAGCUUACAAUGUAAAAUAAAUUCCAAUGUCAUUGUUCUGGAAAGAAUUCCUGCACAGACAUGACCGGGGCAUAUUCCUUCGUUUAGAGACCACACCAGUUCACGGCACCGUCAAUGUCGUCCCAUUCGUGUGACGCGGACUCAAUACAAGUUAGGAACCAGGUUUAAGUAAUCCCACCAAAAUAUAUUUGCAGUGUAAUUACUCUCUAAAAGCGCUCUGACAUCCCUCCCCCACUGGUUCAUUACUUGAAUAAACAACCACAUUAAAAAAAGACAAAGGAAAAAAAGAAAAGCAUUUUAUUUGGUUUUGGCCUUCUACAGGAAUAUAUUUGGAUUCUUGUUUUUAAAAACCUAGAAGAAACACAAAUGCAACCUCCAAAGUAAAAGAAAAUGCUCAAGUAUUGCGCCACCUUGAUAAUGCCAACAGAUAUGUGUAAAGAUUCAUCUGUAAAUAAAGAUAAAGUCUGUGUAAAUUAACAAA